AUGAACAAGCCAAUUGAGGACGUCAACGCGGAAAGCGGAAUCGCAGACGCUUUGUUCCAGGGAGAUAUACUCCUUUCGAAAGAACAACAAGAGCAGAUUGUUGCGGAUGGUAGCGGGGACCGAUUUAAGCGGCAAGCCCGUAAUGAUGAUACCUACCCUGUUAAAAAAUGGCCAUCACUUGAAGUUAAAUACGCACUCGAUCGCAACUUAGGUGGAAAUGCAAAAAUUGCCGUCAAAAGAGCAGCGGAAAUAUGGACGAACAACACCUGCAUAAACAUCACCUUAGAUGAAGAGGAAGAGGCUGACGAACUCAUUCUUGUGUACAAAGAAUAUGGGUGUUGGGGAGAGGUUGGGAAACAGGACGGAUGGCAAUUCAUUUCCCUCGGCGAACAGCUGCGCAACGGUAACGGUUAA